UAGACAGACAAGUGCAGCGACGACCACCUGCGAGAUGUACGUGUAAGUAAAGACCUAUAGCUACCGACCCAUUAUCUCAGCCUACAGCUACAAUGAACCCCUUAGCCGUAUUCGUGGUGGCACUGGUUGCGACACAACUGCUACCCUGCACUUGCCAACAACGGGUCCCUCCGAGGUUCGCACCUGGGUGCCAGUACGUGCCGUGGAGCGAAUGGAAAACAAUCGGCACCAAAGCGGUGCCUCCUUCCCAGUGCCCCAGUGGUUCUGUUGUUACUGAACAGAGAGAGAAGAUUGUACUUGACGGCAGCUGCAAACCAGCAAUGCAAAACAGGACAAGAUGUGAACCCGAAAUUGUAGAUCGUAUCAUACUCGCACUCGGGCUUGGCAGUUCAGGACAAGGGAUCACCCGAAAAAGGAGACGUCAACCCUCCUUGAGUCACCCCGGACCCAUUACUGCGGUUGGAGAUGGCCCUAACUUCAGUCCCAUCCAGCCUCUUCCCGAGGUUUUCCGCAGUUGCGGCGGCACUGCGCAAAGAGUUUGCCAACACGUCACCGUCCCUCACAGUAAGCGAUUUCUAGAUAGGCUGGAAAUACUACAGCCGUUCGUAGACGACCGCCAUCCUCGUGCGACAGUCGAUCCCGAACCACUUCCUUCCAAGCCGACGCCGUUCAAUAUCACUGAGCAUGGACCUCGCUACAGACGACAGAGCCAGUGCUCGCCAACAAGUAGCCAGUAUGUACUGUUUGUACUGGACACGUCGAGCAACAGCGGAAGAGAAAAUUUCAAUAGGCUGACCGCCGUUCUUGGGGAUUUAGUUCUCUUUUUCUGCAGCCCUAUCAAAGUGGCCGUGAUGACUUUCGACCAAGAGUAUUUCGUUGAAUUCUGCUUUGAUUGCUUCGACAGCACGUGCAGUGGACGUCAGAUGACCGGAGACGCUAUCACCAAUAUCGACUACGGAUACGGUCGCUCCGGGAUUCGUUGGAGACACACAGCCGGUGCUGCACGAUGCGUCUGCGAUUUCAUGCUAACCCCGUCGUGCGGGGUACCAGUCGGUGCGGAGUGUAUCGAUGUUGUGUUUAUAACAGUGGGACGGUCCAACGAUCCAAAUAUUAACGUCUGCAACACGAUUGGGUGCCUUCACGACCGGUACGGAGUCACUACGCACGCAAUUGGAGUUGCAAAUGCAUUUGAUCCUGAGCUAGAGUGCAUCAGCAACGCAGAUCCAAAUACCUUCAAUAUUUUCAACUUCAACAGUUUUGAUGAAUUCGAGCAGACGUUCGAGGACAUUAUGAACAGGCUACUCCAUGGCGGUGUGAGUCCGUCGGGGGAUCCAUACGUCUGUAUCGGUACCCGCGGAUUGGGCACCGAUGGCUGUCAUUGACGCUGACGUUUAAAUCUGUGCUCUGCAUAAUUUUGCAAUUUUGUAUCAUUGAAAAGAUGCAUUUGAGCUCUGCAAUUGCAAUACAA